AUGUGUGACCAAAAGGCUGUAAUCAAGAAUGCUGGUAUGUCGGAGGAGAUACAACAGGACUUGGUGGAGUGUGCAUUGGAGAAGUAUAAUAUAGAGAAGGACAUUGUGGCCCAUAUCAAGAAGGAGUUUGACAAGUACAACCCCACCUGGCACUGCAUCAUGGGGAGGAACUUCGGUAGUUAUGUGACGCAUGAAACCAAACACUUCAUCUACUUCUACCUGGGCCAAGUGGCCAUUCUUGUGUUCAAAUCUGGUUAAAAGCAUGGACUGUGCCACACAUCCAGUGGUCCAUCCAAAAACAAGGACUGCAGCCUAAAUUCCAAAUACCAGAGAUUGAAGUCUUCAGCCUUGCCUAAGGGAACACCUCCAUCUUUGAACCUUUAUUGUGUUUUGUACAGGGCAUUCUCUGUACUAGUUUGUGGUUAUAAAGCAAUUAGUAAAACAGC